AAUCAUUGCAGAGGAUUUGGGCACCAAUUUAAAUUGAGAGCAAACGCUUCCUGUUUUGAAAAGAAAAGCCAAACAUUUGGUCUAUUUCUGCAUCUUCAUCGGCAACAAAAGCAUCCACAGCACAAACGUAAAGCCAAACAGUAAUUCGGAAGUUGCUGGUUUAACUUUACGUUCAACUACAACCCAGCCGUAACGUCCGGUAACGUUGGAUUCGGUUUUUAGGAAAGAUGCCGUCCCGUGUUGAGGACUACGAGGUAUUGUUUAGUAUCGGCUCGGGCUCAUAUGGAAGGUGCCAGAAAAUAAGACGGAAACACGAUGGGAAAAUCCUGUUGUGGAAGGAGCUGGACUACGGCACCAUGGCAGAGAAUGAAAAGCAGAUGCUGGUGUCUGAGGUGAACCUCCUAAGGGAGCUUAAGAACCCGAACAUAGUGCGGUACUACGACCGCAUCAUAGACCGGACUACCACGACUCUGUACAUCAUCAUGGAGUACUGUGAAGGUGGAGACCUGUCCAGCCUUAUCACCCGGUGCAUCAAGGAAAGGCGUUAUUUAGAGGAGCAGUUUGUCCUGCGCGUCACGGCACAGCUCACGUUGGCCCUGAAGGAGUGCCACAGACGCAGCGAUGGCAGAGCGGCGGUUCUUCAUCGAGACCUGAAGCCAGCCAACAUCUUCCUCGACAUCAGACAGAACGUCAAGCUCGGAGACUUUGGCCUUGCAAGGAUCCUGAACCAUGACACCAGUUUUGCAAAGACAUUUGUGGGGACACCUUACUACAUGUCGCCAGAACAAAUGGACCGAAUGUCAUACAACGAGAAAUCUGAUAUCUGGUCACUGGGAUGUUUGCUGUAUGAACUGUGUGCAUUGUCCCCUCCGUUCACUGCUUGCAACCAAAAAGAGCUGGCGGAGAGGAUCAGAGAGGGCAAGUUCAAAAGAAUUCCAUACCGCUACUCUGAGGAACUGAACGCCUUAAUCUGUAAAAUGCUCAACCUGAAGGACUAUCUGAGGCCCUCUGUGGAGUCCAUUCUCCAGAGCAGCCUGUUGGCUGAUGCUGUUGCUGAGGAGGAGAGGAGGGCACAAGUGCGACUCCGAAGGAGGUCGGCAGACUCUGACUGUCCCCUUAACCGGCCGUCUGAACCGGCGCCUACCUCUGCUGCUGAACUUGAACUCAGGAAGCAAGCCGUGCAAGAACGAGAAAAGGCCCUGAAGGAACGCGAGGAGCGGCUGGAGAAAAGGGAGCAGGAGCUUUGUCUUCGUGAGCAACUGUCAAAUGAGAGGCUCGCCAGAGCAGAGAGCUUACUGAAGAGUUACACCCGUCUGCACAGGCCGAAGGAUGUGGAGCCGUUCUAUGGCAGAGACAUAGAUGUGGAGAACCUCUCGCCUGGCAAGAAGAAAGUCCACUUUGCCGGUGAGAGCAAAGAAAACCAGCGGCCCAAAAGCCACCGGAGUGAGUCGUCCCAGGAGCUGAUUUCGAGGAGGCUGAAGGCGGCGAAGCUGCGUGCUUAAACACUGAAAUGUGAACAAAAUGGAAAAGGUCUUUAAUUUCAAGGGCAGAAGGACUGUUAAAAUAGAGCAACUGAAGGAGUGAUUUGGAUUUGAAUCCAAAACAAAAUAGAAAACUAUUUUUAGGACAUGAUUGAUAAAAUGAAAAAAAACUUCCUGUUGUGAUACUAACUGCUGAAUGAUUGUGACGGGUAAAAGGUUUUAUAUUACAUUCCCUGUUAACCACUUGUUUUAGUUUUAAAUUAUUACGAUACAAUAAGAACAUUGUUUAUCCUGAAUUGCAUUUUGCCAAAGAUAUUGAGCAGGUGUAGUGUAUAUGUACUAUUUAUAAAAAAUAUAUAUACAUGCACACUUUGCCAACCAAGUUUUUUUUUUUUUUUUCAAUUUCCACAAUUUACCACAAAUGCUCUCUAGUGUUUCAUAAGGGAAAACCUCCCACAAGAGGUCGUCAGUUACCCAUGAAAAGUUGGCUAAUCAAUGGAGACCAAUGAUGAUUAUAGACAACAAUGCAAUGGGUCUUCACACCUGAAAUCAUUUAUUGAUUAAAGUGCAUGAUCAAAGGGGA